AAGGUAUUGUUGCAGAUGAACCAGGAGUAGCUUUAUUUGGGCUGAUCCAGAGGACUCAACUGAAAUACCAGUGUAAAAGCAUAUUUGGCCACAGUCAGUUGGAGAGCUCACAGAAAACUCAAACCUGUUCAGGAAAAAUGACAGUGGAGAUGAGACCAGAGGGGUUUCCUGAUCCUCCUUUAAAGAAAGAACUGCCUCCUCUUGAAGAUCCAUCAGAAGCAAAAACAAGAACAUGCUGCACUCGCAAUGUAAAGAUGUUUUUGGUAGCUCUAUCGUUUACAUACUUUUCCAAAACAUUAUCUGGAAGUUACAUGAAAAGCUCCAUUACCCAGAUAGAGAAGAGAUUUGAGAUUCCCAGUUCUGUUAUUGGGGUUAUUGAUGGCAGCUUUGAAAUGGGUAAUUUGCUUGUGUUGCCAUUGGUAAGCUACUUUGGAGCAAAGUUUCACAGACCAAAAAUAAUCGGUGCUGCAUGCAUGCUGAUGUCUAUUGGAACUUUACUCACAGCGCUACCUCAUUUCCUCAUGGGACACUAUAAAUACGAAACAACAAUAUCAGCUUCAACUAACUCCAGCACAGUGAGCUUCCCGUGUUCACAAGACCCAGGCCAGCUUACAGAGCUUCAGGCCCAGCAACAAUCUUCCAGAAUAGCUGGUUGUGAACAUGAUAGAGGCUCCCUGAUGUGGGUUGCUGUGCUGCUGGGGAACAUGCUACGAGGGGUUGGUGAAGCAUCCAUUGCACCACUGGGAAUUUCAUUCAUUGAUGAUUUUGCCAGACCAGAAAACUCAGCCUUUUACAUUGGGUGCCUCCAUACCAUUGCAUUGAUUGGACCUCUUUUUGGGUUCAUGCUGGGUGCGUUUUGUGCAAGGCUGUAUGUAGACAUUGGGUUUGUUGAUCUUGGAAGUAUUGCCAUAUCAAUGAAGGAUUCCCGUUGGGUCGGUGCUUGGUGGCUUGGCUUUAUAGUCGCUGGAGGAACCAGCUUGGUUUCUGCAUUUCCAUUCUUUUUUCUGCCCAAAACUCUGCCCAAAGAAGGGGGUCCGGAAAAAGAUUCCAGCGUUACAGCAGAACAAAAUCUGUUACAAGGAAACCAGCAAACAGACUCAACAGACGAGCAACCCAAAAUCAUAGAUGUUGCAAAGGGUUUUUUGCCAGCUUUGAAGCGUCUGCUCACAAACAAGAUCUAUGUAUUCUAUCUAAUCUUGAACAUUCUAAUGUUCAAUGCCUUCAUUGUUUUGAUAACUUAUACACCAAAAUAUUUUGAACAACAGUUUGGAGAAUCCACAUCCAAAGCAAACUUUUUAAUAGGUGUUACCAGCAUGCCAGCUUUUUCCAUGGGGAUUUUCUUCAGUGGUCUUAUCAUGAAGAAGUUUAAGCUAGAUCUCCUGGGAGCUGCCAAGGUAGCCCUGGGUACAGCCACCCUUGGCUGCCUCUGUACCUUACCUUUAUUUGCAUUAACCUGUCACAAUGCUGAGAUCGCUGGACUCACAGUUUCCUAUGCAGGAACAGGGAUUUCAGACUUGGAGAGCAGAGUGUCGGUGGCCUGUAACUCUGGCUGUGGUUGCCCAGUGAACCAGUGGGAGCCAGUGUGCGGAGAGAAUGGGAUGACGUACAUUUCCCCUUGCUUUGCUGGCUGUAACAUAUCCAGAGGAAGUGGAAGAAACACGACGUUUCAUGCCUGCAGGUGUAUUGAAGCUUUUCCUAAGCCUGGAUCUGGGAAUUUCUCGGCACUUCUGGGCCAGUGCCCGCGAGAGGAGAAGUGUUCCAGAAUGUUCAUAUAUUACUUGGCGUUCCAGUCCUUGAGCUUCUUCAUUUUCUCUCUGGGAAGCACACCACUGUACAUUAUAUCCCUCAGGUGUGUUGAUCCAGACCUGAAAUCAUUGUCUGUGGGCAUCCUCGCAAUGGCAGUCCGAUUGCUGGGUGGGAUCCCAGCUCCAAUUUAUUUUGGAGCCCUGAUUGACUCAACAUGCAUAAAAUGGGGGACCAAGAAGUGUGGGGGUCAUGGAGCAUGCAGGGUGUAUAACAACGUCUCAUUCAGGCUCCUCUUCCUUGGAUUAAUAUUGGGCCUGCGCUUGAUAGGUUAUGUCUUUUUUGGGUUUGUCAUCGUUCAGAUAAAGAAAUUAACAAGAGACCACAGAAAAGCUUCACCCGAAGUAGAAGUCUUUUUAAAGCAGGACCAGAAAAACAACGUCCUUCCUUAGCAGAAACCUGCUGGUCUGAGUGAGAAGGAAGUGGAAACCAGCACCUAAACAUUGUGAUCUGCAGCACCGUGUUUCAUUUAAAUGUGCAUAACAGGGACUCUGGGUGGAAAAGGUGGAUAAACACUCAUGUAGUAUGUUAUGAAAACAGUCAAUAAUCAACAGGUGUACUGCAAGCAGCUGCUCUUGAGUGGGUCUCUAAUGUUAUCACGCGACACUUUGAAACCUCCUGCAAUAGGUUCCUCAAGAAGCUGAUAGGCUUACUUUAUACAUCUUCAAUUUGGGAAUAUAUUUCAUUUCUUAGCUAUCCUAUGUAUGUUUUGUGUAAUUCUCAUUUACAUACUUCUUCACCAGGUUUAGGAACUGAUGUCAUUUUUUAUCAACCACAGGAAUUCUUCUGAAAAGACUCCUAAAUGAUACAAAGUGAGUUUGUCUUAGAAAUUAUCCCAAGGGGUGUGCAACUAAUUUCUGCCCCAUCUGAAAUUGUGAAUUAAUGAAUGACAGUGUUCGUUUCUUUCAAAACCCCUGAACUUAAGAAAUCCAGUUUAGGAGUCUUUUCAGGAGUAUGCAGAAGGUGCCAUUUAAAAAAACAAACCAAUUCUACUGUGCUCUUGUUUUCAUUUUAUAUAAAUUAAAAAAUGUGUGUAACCUUUCACAUGGAUGGUGGCAUAUUAGUGGAUGUUCUCUGUCUCUCAGUGUGGUUUCACCUGUUCAGAUAAGUCACAGAAAGUAGUUCAAACAUCUUCUGGUUUCUUUAUGCAAUAAUAGGACAUACAAUUAGAAAAAGACACUUCAAGCUAUCCAGAUGAACCUGUUCUCAUUGACGGUGAAAGGUGAUGUUUUGUACUGAUCAGUGAAUGAGGUUCCCUCAUAUUUGAUGUAUUCUGUAGGCACACAAUUGUCUCAGAAAAGGGUUAGGGUUAUAUCAUGCAAGUAAACUUGCCCGUUCUUUGUUUGUGUUUGAAAGAAGAAGGUCAAUCUCUUUUGGGUAUUACCACAAGGGGCACAAAAUACAAAGAAGCUGAGAGAGACAAAUUAAUCACAGUAAGGAUUUUUUGUUAAUUCAAUAAAUGUAAUUCAUUUUGUAAAAAAAUAAAUAAAUAAUGAGAUUUAAAGUGAA